UAAAAAAGCACAAAUCAAGUAUUAAAAAUGGCAUUGAAUCCUUUCCAAGCUUUUGACAUCUUUGAAGAUCCAUUCUUCCACCACGGAAUGGAACCAAGAUUCGGUAUGGGAAUUAUGCCUCAUGAUUUUUCAUCGCAUCGUAUUCUUCCACGUCAAGGCAAUCAUCACUUAAUGACUGGAUAUCGACGACCAUGGCAAUUAGCUCGUGAAGCAGUCGGUGAACUCGCCAAAGAUCAAAAGAACUUGCAUUUCGGCAAGGAUGGAUUCCAAGCCUGUGUAGAUGUUCAUCAUUUUGCUCCAAGUGAGAUCACUGUUAAGACUGUUGAUCAUACAGUCACAAUUGAAGGAAAACAUGAAGAACGAGAAGAUGGUCAUGGUUCAGUUCAACGUCAUUUCGUUCGCAAAUAUGUCUUGCCUAAAGAAUAUGACAUGAAUAAUGUUCAUUCAACAUUGUCGUCUGACGGCGUCCUUACAAUCAAAGCUCCACCACCAGCAAUUGAAGGAGCUAGCGAACGUCACAUCCCAAUUACACAUACAAAUGCUCCAGCUCACUUAAGCGUUAAGCAUAACAAGAAGCAUAUUGAUGACCAACCAAAAGAAGAUGGAGAAGCCUCGAAUGGAAACUAGAAUGUCGUGGCUCAAAACUUAAAAAAUAAAAUCUCAGACUGAUGCACAAAACCUCAUAUUAAUAACAGAAACUAAAUAAGCAUUAAGAAUUUUGUAAACGUUUAGAACUCUACCUCUCUUAAAAAGGAUUAACUUACUUUCACAUCUUUAUGAUAUUAAUUUAAUUACGAAUUUUGCUAUUAAUUAUGAUUUCUUAUAAUCGAUAUUUGAGUGUUUUGUGUGAAAUAAAAGCCACGUAAAGGCAUUUAAAACUUACUUAAAAUAAAAUUGCGUGUCAAUAAAAAUCAAUGCUUUGGGUCAAUUUCCUUCCAGAAAAUAUCAUUCCGUUAUAAAACGUGCCGGCA